AGUACAUGACUACAUACAUGUAUGUCGUCAGAUGUGUUAUGUGUGUGUGUGUGUGUGUAUAUAAUUUGGUUCACUAUUCCUGUUCUUGCAAACAACAUUUUGUUUUCUUUCGUAAAUCCACGACUGUAAUAUAAAUAAGGAGGUCGAAAUGCCGUUGCAAGUUCACGACGUUCAGCAAAAUGUUGUGGAGCCAAUGCAAGUCGAUGCUCCUGCAGAAGAUAAUGACAAUGCAGAGGAAGAACCAUAUAUUGUGGAAAAUCCAACACUGGAUUUAGAAGUUUAUGCCAAUAGCUAUACAGGCCUUGCCAAACUAUAUAGGCUAAUAUACAUAGCUGAUCAUUGUCCAAUGUUAAGGAUAGAGGCACUUAAAAUGGCUAUAUCUUAUGUGAUGACAACGUAUAAUGUUUCCUUGUAUGUGAUACUGCACAAGAAAUUAGUACAAGCCGUAGGCACACCUGGUUUACCAGAUGUCGCAGCACAGUCAACGUCUCAAGAUAUGUUGACGUUAGAUCAGGCUUGGCUUGAAUCUCGAUCUAAAAAGGCUGCUUUGAAACUAGAGAAAUUUGAUACAGAUCUUAAAAAUUAUAGAAGUAAUUCGAUUAAAGAAAGCAUCAGAAGAGGCCACGAUGAUUUAGGUGAUCAUUAUUUAGAUUGUGGAGAUCUUGUUCAUGCCUUGAAAUGUUAUUCUAGAGCAAGAGAUUACUGUACAAGUGGAAAACACAUUGUUAAUAUGUGUCUAAACGUUAUCAAAGUAUCAGUUUAUUUGCAAAACUGGGCCCAUGUACUGAGCUACGUAACGAAAGCAGAAAGCACGCCAGACAUUUCCGACGCUCAUGGCAAAGACAACAAUCAAGCUAUAGUUACGAAAUUAAAAGUUGCCGCUGGUCUUGCCGAGUUAGCAACAAGAAAAUACAAAAUGGCAGCUAGGCACUUCUUACAAGCAUCGUUAGAUCACUGUGAUUGCCCCGAAUUAUUGUCUCCCGGAAAUGUUGCUCUGUACGGAGGGCUCUGUGCUCUAGCCACGUUCGAUAGACAUGAACUACAAAAACAAGUUAUCUUUAGCAGUUCGUUUAAAUUAUUCCUAGAGUUGGAACCACAAUUAAGGGAUAUCAUCUUCAAAUUUUACGAAUCGAAAUACGCAUCUUGUUUAAAACUAUUAGACGAGAUUAAGGAUAAUAUCCUCUUAGACAUGUACAUAGCACCGCACGUGAACGUGUUGUAUACACAAAUUCGGAAUAGAGCGCUAAUACAAUACUUCAGUCCUUACUUGAGUGCAGAUAUGAGACGCAUGGCGACUGCUUUCAACAGAACAGUUUCUGAAUUGGAGGAUGAACUUAUGCAAUUAAUACUUGAUGGUCAAAUACAAGCUCGCAUAGACUCACACAAUAAAAUUUUGUAUGCAAAAGAUGUGGAUCAACGUAGUACGACUUUUGAGAAAUCUAUGAGCGUCGGGAAGGAAUAUCAAAGGCGCACACGUAUGUUAAUCUUAAGAGCUGCAAUGUUGAAACAACAAAUUCAAGUUAAGAGUCCGCAACGCGAUAGUACUCAAGGGGGAGAGAUGUCAGUCACUUGGAAACAAUAGUUGAGUGGUAAGAAAUUGAGCUGUGAUUUAUGUUAACUGUUCAAUUGAUAAAUGUAUUUGUGCAGAUGAACUGCCAUGAUCAGUCAUAUGUGAAAAAAAGUAAAUCGAGAUAUUGGAUACAUUAUAUAUAAAUAUUUAAAACCCUGAUAUUGAGUCUUUAACGAAACGUUGCGUGACAUGUAUAUAUAAUAUAUUACACUAUAAGUAAAGGAAAUACUAGUAUUUUGAAAAGUGUGCUAAUUACACGUAUGAACAAAUCUUUGAUAAUAUAUAAUGUA